CUUAGGUUCCUCGUUUCCGCUCCUGUUCCUCCGGCGCUCGAAUCAUCCACUGGCACUUCCAACCCGUCCUCCUACCAGAACCAGACUCUGGGGUCGCGAGCAGACCACUCCUUCACCCCUCGAUGGAUGUCUCGCCGUCCCUCUCGUUUCUGGGUGCGUUCAGAAGUCUGUCAAAACGUUAUCGACGCGAAGGAGUCCCAGAUGCGGCCACCAGGUUAGACGCAGUGGUGGAACGGGCCAGCAACGAGGAUGCGGGCGACCCGAGCGCCGCACUGGUGCGUUUUGGUGGGCUCGUCCUCACCUUUCUUGAACGGGGCCAGUGGAACGCCGCCGUAGAUGUCGGGACCAUUGUGGUUGACGCCCGACGAGCCUUGCUAGGCCCGACCGACCCGCUCACCAUGAUAGCGAUACACAACCUGGUUUCCGCGUACUGUGGCCAGGGCCGUUGGACGGAAGCGAUCGAUCUGGGCCGCCAGGUGACCGAGGCUAGGCGAAGGGUGCUAGGGGAGGAUCACCCACAGACCAUGGCCUCCAUGUCGAACCUGGCCACAGCGUACCGCAAGCAGGGACAUUGGCGACAAGCCGAAGCGUUAGAACUGCGCCUUCUGGAGAUCAAGACACGACGACUGGGCGAGGAUCACCAGUCCACCCUUACCUCGAUGGGUAACUUGGCGACCACGUAUAGCCACAUGGGACGAUACGACGAGGCAGAACGGUUGGAGAAGAGGGUGAUUGAACGUAGUGCGCGAGUGCUGGGUGACCACCAUGGUUCCACCCUAACGUGGAAGUCCAACCUGGCGACCACCUACCGAGAGCAGGGUCGCUUGGAGGAGGCAGAGAAGCUCGAGUCCGAGGUGAUGGACAUCCGGAUAGAAAAUCUCGGGAUCCAGCAUCCUCUGACACUCACGUCUAUGGCCAAUCUCGCAUCGAUGUACCGGGACCUAGGUCGGCUGGACGAUGCGGAACAUCUCGAGACACAAGUCGUCGAGACAAGCAAAGUAGAGCUCGGCGAUAAGCAUCCCCAGACGUUGAUGUCGAUGAUUAACCUAGCAUCCACCUACCGGUGUCAAGAUCGGCUAGAGGAGGCCGCCAGGCUAGGCGUACAAGCCGUCGCCGCAAUGAAGUCGCUCUUGGGGGACCAGAACCCCCUGACACUCACCGCCAUGGCAGAUCUGGCUCUGACGUACCAGAAUCAAGGGCGGACGGACGCGGCGGAGGUAUUGACCGCACAGGUGCUGCGAUUGAUGCAAAAGAACCUGGGGUCCCUCCAUCCCCAUACACUGACGACCAUGGCGAAUCUGGGGGGGAUCUACCAGUCGCAAGGGAGAUGGGAUGAGGCCGAAAAGCUCGCGGAGCAGACUGUCCGCGGUCGGGAGAAGGUGCUGGGCGAAACACAUCCCGACACACAGGCGUCGGUGGAAGACCUGGUGCGCGUCUGUCGGGUGUUAGCGGCGGACCGGGCGACGGCGAUGCGCGUCCGGAAUGCGCACCAUUGAGAGGGGACGGUGACCGGGCAGGCCCUCAGGGGUAAUGGCGAUUUUCUGGGCAUUUCCAUAUUGGAUUAUCUUUCUUCUUGUU